CACACUUCCCUGUCAACCAUUUGACAGCCGCCCAUUGGUCCUCUCAACUGAUCCGCCUCCAUUAGAUGUAAAUGUUUCGCGGGAACAUUGAAGACGUGAAAUAACCUAAUCUGUUCUCGUGAGAAGGUUCUGGAUAUCAGUCCAACUGAGCCCGUAUUGAAGUAAAGUUUUCGUAUCCUGGUUGAACAAAUUUAACUAUGUUCGGAAAAACGCUCUUUUUGGCUUUAACUUUCGCGUUGCUUCACACCGGAAAACUUCAAACUUCGAGCUCUACUCAGGAAAUCGAAAGAUCAAACGGUGAUGAUCUCACUUUUCAGUGUGAAAUCCCCCCGAGAACCAACUUGAAGUGCCCCUCUCUGGUUCUGAAACGAGUCGAUGGAAAUACAAGUUACCCCACAAGUGUCAUCUACACCUGUCGAAAUGGAAAGGAAGAUCUUCAUUCACAAUACAGAAACCGGGUGAAGUUCAUCAAUGAGGACAUGAGGAGAGGAUUGAUGACUGUACGGAUCCGAUCAGUCCAGCAGUCUGAUAGCGGAAAGUACAAAUGGUUUAUCCCAAAUUCAAAAUACGCCUGUUUUUUUGAUGUUGUUGUGACAGAGAAGCAAAACCUUACUAAGGAGAAUGACACCAGCACAACAGCAACAGAGGAAAUGCCAGAUACAGAUCCUGCACCAGAGAACCGUCAUCAUUAUUAUGCCCUCAUUCCCGUCUUUGCUCUUCUCAUAGCUACUGUUUUCCUGAUGCUCUUCAAGAACAGGAUUUGUAAGACAUGCCAAAGGAAGACUGAAGAGAACGACUCUGAGCUGGAAACCCAAGGUAACAGAGCAAAGAAAGGAGAUGAAGAGGAACAGCUCAAGAAACCAUCAGCAAGAGGAACUGACGGACUGAAAGGAUAAUCUCAUCAUCACGGCCAGAGAAAAGAAGCUUUUUUGAAUAUCCACCAUUUGGGCCAUUCAUCUGAUCCUUCUGUCAGUUGCUCAGGUGCAACUAAAUAUUUCCUGGAAACGUAGAAAAAAAGUAAGAUUGUUUUAUGAAUUAUUUGGAAAAUCAAAUUACUUAAUAGUAGGGCUGCCACGAUCAGUCGACUAGUCACGAUUACGUCGACUAUCAAAAUCAUCGACGGCUGAUUUAAUAG